AUGCCUUCAAUAUCUGUUGAUAUGGCUACUAAUCAGAGAGUUGAACUAUUUUGGGACCUCAGGCGAUACUUGAAGACAGAAAAUGUUGAAAUUGAAGGUCUAACAAAAUCACAGUUACGAAACUGGUACGCCAAUGAAUACAAAUCAUACAAGCAACAAAUUACACCGGACGAGAAACUUCCGACAUUUUUCCUUAUUAUGCAGACAAUGUAUAAAAUGAAACUUGCUCAUUUCAAUGAUGAUGUACUUGCACUGGGUCCAUGUCCUCAGAUGAAGAAAGAGAAGUCUCCGAACCAAAGUCCGAAGAAACAUAAACACUUGAAACAAAUGAAGACAAAUGAUAAAGGCGAGCUUCACAACAGUCAGCGGAGUGCGGCAGAUAGAUCCAAACAAAGGUUUGUGCAAAUGUCAACUCCAAAGGGGGAUGAGCAAGGACAAGUUGUGCAGCCUGCGGAUGGGACAAUGACAUUAAAUGGACGGACUAGUACCAGAAAACAAUUGAUGAAUAGGCACAAAAUGGCUGUAGACCAACAUCUGACAUUUAAAUCUGGUCUUGAUAAAGUUGUGAACCAGCCUGAUUUUAAAGGUGAUCCGACUGAAUGGAAGUAUAUAGGAAAAACCGAGCGUGGUUAUUACUGUACUCUCUGCCAGUCAAAGUUAACAUCGAAACCUGAUGCUGAUAGGCAUUUAGAAGGGAGGCGACACAGACUAGCUACGUCAAUGAACAUUAUUAGAUCUAAAAAAGACAAGCUGGUAGAAGGGUCCCCAACCAUUACAGUCACUGCAGAUGUAGAGGAGAAGGAUGGUACAUAUUUUAUACACACGGAGGAAAAUGAAGUUAAGAUGGUUGAAAUUGUAUUAACAAAUAAAGGAGACAUGGAAGUGGAGCUGGCCCAUUGUGAGAUGAUGAAAAAAGUCAGAGUAUUUACCUUACGCGAUAAUAAAAAAGUCACAGAUGGAAUGGGGACUGUUAAAUUAAUCCCAGCUCAUUUAAACUACAAUGGACAAUUACAAAUUCAGUAUAGGGCAGGUCCAAUUUAUACAAAUAAAGCAAUGGAAUGUUCAAUGAACUUACAAAAAAAAGAUGAAUCUGUUAAUUUUGAUUAA